GUCGCGUGACGUAUCCCCUCCAUCUGUUUUGGAGGUUGUCAGUUUCGUAGGCAAAGGAGUUUGCGCAGGCGCGGCACUGACAGCUGCUCUCUACCUGCUCCGCAGAGUGUGUGUAAUAAUGGCCUGGAAAUCUGGAGGAGCCAGCCACGCAGAGCUUGUAAACAACCUCCGCAAAAAUGGGAUCAUCAAGUCAGACAAGGUCUGUGAAGUCAUGUUGGCCACAGACCGAGGCCAUUUCUCCAGAAGCAACCCCUACAUGGACUCCCCACAGUCAAUAGGCUAUCAAGCAACCAUCAGUGCGCCACACAUGCACGCCUAUGCAUUGGAGCUACUGCACGAUCAGCUGUAUGAUGGGGCCAAAGCUCUGGAUGUGGGGUCUGGCAGUGGAAUCCUCUCUGCAUGCUUUGCACGAAUGGUAGGUCCCAAAGGGAAGGUGAUAGGAAUUGACCACAUCAAGGAACUGGUAGACGAUUCUAUUACCAAUGUAAAGAAAGAUGACCCCAGCUUGAUAACAUCGGGUCGAAUCAAACUAAUAGUGGGAGAUGGGCGGAUGGGCCAUCCAGACGAGGCUCCUUAUGAUGCCAUCCACGUAGGCGCGGCAGCACCCAACGUGCCACAAGCACUCCUGGACCAGCUGAAGCCAGGUGGCAGGCUGAUUCUGCCCGUGGGGCCGGCCGGAGGGAACCAGAUGCUGGAGCAGUACGACAAGCUGGAGGACGGCAGCACCAAGAUGAAGCCCUUGAUGGGGGUGAUUUACGUGCCUUUAACAGACAAAGAGAAGCAGUGGUCCAGGUGGAAGUGACUUCCUACUCUCUCUCCCCCCUCUCUCCUUCACACAGUGGGCAAAGGGAUGAACUUUGAGGCGACAGACUGUCCAUAUUCCACAUUUCAGUGUGAACCUGGAGGAGACUCCUUUGGGUUCCAACAACAGCCAUUGGAUUUCUUUCAAAACAACAAACCAUGGUGAUUUUUUUUCUUCUUCAACUCUACCUAGAGUAUCAUGCUGAGGAAUAACCCCUGAAGUUGGUUAAAAAAAAAAGACUGUUGGAGAUUGAACAGAAGAAAGUGUCUGGGGUUCAUAAAAAUAAAAAAUAAAAAUGAGGCAUGCA